AUGGAUGCUUAAAUUGAUCAAUAAAUGAAAAUAAAGAAGGCUCAUUUCAUAAAUUCAAGCAUAAAAACAAAUAUAAAGAAGGAUUAUAAAUUCAUUAAGGAGAUAGGUGCAGGUGGUUUUGGUGUAGUUUUUGAAACUGAGUAGAAAUCCACAGGUAUUAAAAGAGCAAUUAAAGCAAUUGCAAAAGAUCGUGUUGUAGAUAAGGAGAGUUUUAAGAAUGAAUUGUUGAUCCUUAGAAAGAUUGAUCAUCCAAAUAUUUUGAAGAUGUAUGAGGUGUAUGAAACUGAGAAGACAGUGUAUUUGGUAACAGAGAUGUGUGAAGGAGGGGAACUAUUUUAUUACAUAACCAAAACUCAACAUUUGACUGAGAUGCAAGCAGCCAAAAUAAUGAGACAAAUAUUCACAGCAGUAGCAUAUCUACACGAACAUAAAAUAGUUCAUAGAGAUUUAAAGCCAGAGAACUUCUUAUUGAAAAAUAAGGAAGAUGAGUCUUCAAUUAAAAUGAUUGAUUUUGGAUUGGCUAGAUUCUUCAGAGAGGACGAAGUAAUGACGUAGCCUAAUGGGAGUCUGUUUUACAUUGCACCAGAAAUUAUUAAAGGAUAAUACUCAUAUGAAGUCGAUUAUUGGUCAUUAGGAGUGAUUUUAUAUGUGAUGAUGUGUGGAUAGCCACCAUUUCCAGGUAGGAAUCCCUAAGAGACGAUAAAGAAUAUAUAGAAAGGAAUAUUUACAUUUUCGAAAGCUGGAUUCAAAGGGGCCAAGGAUUUGAUAUAGAAGUUGUUAGUGAUGGAGCCUAAGAGAAGAUUUACUGCUAAAUAAGCUUAUAAUCAUCCUUGGGUGUAAUAGCAGGUUAGUCAUGAAUUGAUGAAUUUAAGGUUGCAUGAUGAUGCAAUAAAGGGAUUAGAAAAGAUGAUUAAUGCUUAAUAAAUGAAGAAGACAAUGUUAUUAUAUUUAGCAACAUUUAUACCUGAAAAUGAAGUAACAUCAUUAAGAUAAUUAUUUGUUUCUUUGGAUAAGGAUGGGAAUGGGAUGAUUUCAUUAGAUGAGAUGAUAGAAGGAUUAACUGGCUUUAAAAAUAUGAAACACAAAAACAUGGAUAGAAACUUUGUUACUCAAUUAUUCAAAGCUAUGGAUAUUGAUUAGAGUGGAUAGGUCGAUUACAGUGAGUUCAUAGCAGCAUUUUUGGUGUGUCCAUAAUUUUAGAAUGAGAGAUUUAUAGAGGAACAAUUCAAAAGAAUAGAUUAAGAUAAUAGUGGAAGAAUAUCUAAAAAUGAAUUGAUGGAUAUUUUUCAUACUGAUACUAUAUCAAUAAAAGAUCUGGAUAUUGAAGAGCUAAUUAAAUAGGCGGAUCUAAACAAAGAUGGGGAGAUUGAUUAUCAAGAGUUCAUGAUCCUUUUAAGGGAUAGAUUUGCUGAUUAGAUAAAGCAUUGA